GAUAAUGAAUUACUUGAAUAAUACCAAUGAUCAACAUGUUAAUCAAUCAAUAAAAUCAAUGAAUAUUCCAGAGAAAACUGUCCAUUCAUUAAACAAUUUGAAUUUAAUCAAUAAUAAUUCUAAAUCAGUAAUUAAAUCAAAGUUGAAACAAACAAAUGAUAAAAAUUUGAACCAAUUCAAACAAAAAUCAAAUAAAGUUCAAUCAACAAAACGAUUCAUUUCAAAACCAAAUUUAUGUCGUUUACAAGAUUUAUGCCUUGAAGAUCGUUAUAAAUUAAAUCAAUUAAUUAUGAAAUUAGCUGAAGCUCAAGAAGCAUUAAAUCAAAUGGAUUCUAAAUUAAAAGAACAAUCUAUAAAGAAUAAUGAUAUUCAACAAGAUAACAGGUUGAAAUCGAAUCAGUUUCUAAAUUCUGAGGCAUGUUCAUUCAAUGUAGAACAAAAAGUAUGUUCAUCAUCAAAUACAGAUCAAUUCAUUACAUUCUAUAAAACAAAACUGGAACAUUUAGAAAAUGAAUUGAGUCAAUUACGGUGUAAUUUCAAAAAAGAACAAUGUAUGCCUAAAUGUGAAAAUAAUCAAUCCAUGGAGACAUUAAUUGAAAUUAAUCCAACUAUAAUGAAUGAUGUUGAACAAAUGGAACAAUUGAAACAAUCAAAUAAAAAUGUCAAUACCUUAACAAAACAAUCAUCUUCUCACUGUGUUAAUCAUGAUUAUCAAUGUGAUCAACACUUGAAUGAUAAUGAUAUGAAAACUAAUUAUGAUUUGUCAAAGACUGUAAAUAAUGAACAAAAAAUCACAUCAAUAAACAAUCAUAAUACAAACAAUCAUAGUGAACUUAGUGUAAAAUCAACGAACAAGAAACAUAUCAAAAGAAAUCAAAUAGUUACAAACUUCAAACAGAAAAACUGUUCAAAUUUAUUACCAGUAUGGGAAUUUAUUAAUGCUAAUGAUAAUUCCAUUGUAAAUAUUCAAUGUAUGGAUACAUUAACUCAUCAUCAAACAAUAAAGAAAAAUAUUUCAAUAAUGACUGAACCAGUCGAUAUGACAAUUCAAUCAAUUACAUGUUCAGUUGAAAAAUCUACACAAACUAUAGUUAAUGAGUUCAAUGAUAAAUAUAUAACGAAUUAUCCAGUGGAAUUGAAUACAUCCAUCUCAACACCAACUUCACUACAUUCAAAUGUAAUAUUAAACCAUGAAGAUAACAAAUCUUUAGUAACUUUAUCAGUACAAACUGAUUCAGUGAACCAUCAUAAUCAUCAUCAUGAUUAUGAUUAUUACAAUAAUUUAACAAAAAGAAAUAACAAAGUCAAUAAGACAAGAAAGUGUGUAAAAUCAAAAAUACAAAACAAUCAAACAAGAAGAUCUAGAGAAUACAGAAGAAAUAGGAUGAAAAAUCGAUUAGUACAAGAGAAAAGUGAAUCUUUCUCCUCCUCCUUCUCGUCCUCUUCCUCAAAUUCCUCUAUAUCUUCAUCAUUUUUAUCUAAGAAGAACGAAAAAUUUGAUGAUAAUAAUAUUGAUGUUGACAGAAAUAAUAAAGUGAAGUUAACUCCAUUUCAAAUACAAGAAGGAAAUCAUCAACUAGUUCAAGAUGUCAAACAAUUGAAUGUUUCAAAUGAUAUGCCAUUGAAUAAUCCAGACAAAACAAGAAUUUCACUUUCAGAAGAUGAUGAAAAAGAAACUGGAUUUAUUGAAUUGAUUAGUAAAUCUUUACCACCUUGUAAAUUAAUCCAAGGACAAAGACAACAACAACAACAACAGCGACAACAACAACAGAAUGAAUCUAUCAUUGAAAUAAAUUCAGAUAAGGAAUUAGAAUCAAUAAUUCAAUUAAUGAAUGAAACAUUCCAAGAUAAUCACUUAUCUAAUUCAAUACAAAAUAAAAUGAAUCCAUAUGAUAAACAAUACACUUCAAAGGAUACAUGUAAACAGUUGAAUAUUACCAUGAAUAAUAAUAAUAAUAAUCAACUAAUGAAACAAACACGAACAUUUCUAUCAAAACCAUAUCAACAAGACAGUCAAUUCAUCAGAAACAAUCAACCAUAUUUUAAACAAACGAAUGAACAAGAACAAUAUGAUCAUAUUAAUACUCAUUAUUAUUAUGAUGAGGAUGAGGAUGAGGAUGACGAGGAUGAUGAUCAGUUUUAUCCAAGUAGUAAUUGUCAAAAUGAACAAGAUGAACAAUGGAAUGAUACAAUCGAUCAUGACUGUCAUAAGUCAAAUAUAACAGAAGUACAUUUAGAAAAAGAAAAAGAAGAAGAAGAAGAACAGUUACUAAGUGAUUUAUUUUUCAUAAGUAAUUAACUAUUUAUAUAAUAAAAAGAAAACUUUGAGUACGAACAACAUAUGUGUGUAUGUUUUCUUUUAUUCUUUCUGUUUCCAAUACUUAUUGAAUAAGAAGAAGAAGAAAAAA